GCGAGCAGCCACCCUGCCUCUUCAGCCCUAGACGAAAACACCGGAUCCACCCUUUACUGCAACCAACAGGAAAACACCGCGAUAUUUAGUCUGUAAUAGACGAAACCAACGCUUUCAGAAGCGGUUAAGGAAACAGAGAUCUGUGCUGUUUGCAUCCCGGCAGAUAUGGGAUAUAUACAUGCUAGGUUCGGAGAUUCGUUGCAGAGUUAACAUCUAGUACCCUAUAUGACACUAUGGCCAAGCAGUAUGAUGUGCUGUUCAGACUGCUUCUUCUGGGAGAUUCCGGGGUCGGGAAAACCUGUUUGUUGUGCAGGUUCACGGACAAUGAAUAUCACCCGUCUCAUAUUUCCACAAUAGGGAUUGAUUUCAAAAUGAAGACAUUAGAAAUGGAUGGAAUCAAAGUAAGGAUACAGAUAUGGGAUACAGCGGGACAGGAGCGAUACCAGACUAUCACAAAACAGUACUACAGACGAGCACAGGGGAUCUUCCUGGUCUAUGACAUCACCAGUGAGCUUUCCUUUCAGCAUAUCAUGAAGUGGGUCACUGACAUUGACGAGUACGCUCCAGACAAGGUGCAGAAGAUCCUUAUUGGGAACAAGUGUGAUGAGGACCAGAAGAGGCAGGUAGCACCGGAGCAGGGAGACAAGCUCGCCAAGGCCUACGGAAUGGACUUCUUUGAGACCAGUGCCUUUACCAAUCACAAUAUCAAGGAGUCAUUCUUUCGUCUGACGGAGCUGGUACUGCAAACCAAUCAGAAAGAGCUGGACAUCCUGCGUGUGUCCCUCAAUGAUGAGCUCAAUAUCGCCGCCCUGGAGGAGGAGGAAAGUGGUGAAUGUGACGCCAGUGGAACCUCACAGAAAGCCUGCUGGUGUUAGUGUGGAAAAUGGCCACUGCCCUGGGGACUGCUGGCUAAGUAAAAUACUCAGUGUUAAUUCAGCUCUAAUAGAGUUUGCAGAGGCUAAAAGGGAUUUGAGUGUCAAAUCUUAAAAGGGCCAGUGUGGCUGCAGACUUUUAUUUUAGCCAAGCACUGCAGUGCCAGUUAAAGGUACAAUAGGUAAGAUUGUUAAAACAUUAUUAUAAUGCCAUUGUAAAUCCCUUCCUAUCACUAAAAAAGGCUCAUGGCAAAUGACAUGUUGACUCACCCCCUGCCUGUGUUUAUAGUCUUUAAAUUAGGUUUCAAAAUAUACAGUUGACAGACCGACAUUCUGUACCAAAACAUUGCACAGCUCAAUAAUUCAAGCUCAUUGGUUGAAAAUUGGUUCUAAUUGCCACAGCCAAUGGCGUGGGGGUUUCAACGGGGGUUUCAGCCAAUGGGGGUUACAUCAGCGUAUUCACAGAGAAGAGUGGAGGCAUAAACACUGUUGUGGUUUGAGGUUGUUUGUUGCUGCAAUUCCUCUCUUGACCGUUAGUCUGAAAUUACCUAUUGUACCUUAAAACGAUUCAACUGAUGAACUAAUCAUGGCCUACAAUCAAGCCCUUGCUAAGUACAAUUAUGUGUCUUGGUGUUUGGCUUGAAAAAAAACUGGGCCUUUUUGAAUAAGAUUGUACACCCCUCAAUUAUAUGUACUCUACAGCAAAAUGUACCCUUGCCUGAGUAAAAUGUACUCUUUCAGAAUUGAAUUAAUGCUGAAACUUUUACAGUGUAAAAAUGCCUCUAGAAUAAUUUUCCUCACCAUCCUUGUUGGCUUUCAUUUUCAGUCUGCUGAAAGGCAUCAGGUUUUUAAAAAUUGUUUUUAGAAAAUGUACAUUAUGUCGUAGUUGCACAACAGUUUUUGACAACAUUAUUUUCAUUCGAUGUGUUUCUUUGAUAAGUGUAGCUUAUCCAGUAGAGGGCACUAAUCCAUUCUCCAUUCUCCCAUUUAAUCGAAUAAAGGUGUGUGGUUGUGAGCUAGCUCUGACAGUUCUGGCACAAAGCAGUGCUAUUGAAGGGAUUCAAUUGUGUUUCUAUUUGAUACCAUACUUUUUUACCACAAAUAAUUCCACAAGUUGUCAUACAUGGUCUAAAUGUCACAUUUGUCAUGUUUACUUUGCCUUUGAUGCACGUUACUUUUACUUGAAAAACCCCUGAUCCUGUUCUGUUAUUGCGAGGGGUUUUCUGCAGUGAAUUGGGGACUGUAUAUGAAUUCAUCUAUGACUGUACCUCAUCCAUAUACUUGUACCUCAAUGGUGUUGGGAGGUUUUCUAUUAAAAGUUGAUAAAAGGCACACUCUGUGUGCAUCAAGGACACACCAACAUUAGUUGAUUGUUUACCACACUAUUUUGCUGGGUGUUACUUAAUUUGUUUAUUUAUUAUUUUUAUUAUUUUGUUCUCUUUGACUUUGCUCUUGUGGAAGGCGUACAGAUGGCAUGUCAGUCAGGUGACAGUUCAAGCAUGUCAGUAAUGCCCAGUGGACAGGAACCUACAGCGAUGCAGAAAUGUAUUCAUUUUCUUUUCUUCAACAAAAAAUAGCCUGUCAAAGUCUAUACUCUAAUUACAAAAACAUGCAAAAUAUGCUAAGGGUACUUUUACAGAGGUACAUUUUUUCAGGAAACAAUGAAAUCAGAUUUUAUGCCUGCAAAAUCCUGUUUAUUUGUCUUUCAUCUGUUCGCGAAAAAGUCAGUGUAUCUUUGAUAGAAAUUAGCCUGCUGACUAAAAAUAUUCCAAAACCCUGUUUUAAAAUGUAUGUACCAUGUAUGUAUCUUUGGAGAAGACCAAUACGUAUGUUGGAACAAAGUUUUUGAAAGUGGUAAUCAUUGAUAUAAUGUGUGUGUUUACAUUUGUACUGAUGGCUUUGAUAUGUUACGCAAAUAAGAAAUCCAUAGCUUUUCAGACCGGUAAAACCCCAAGAAAAACCUCUUUGAAACUUGUAUAUGUGCAAGUUAUAUUAUGGGUAUGUUGUAUUCAGUCAAAAACUGAAUUUUAAUGAAGGAAAAUGUACUUUGUGUUGUUCCAGCUUGUCUCUGAUUUCUAAAAGAAAAAGUACUUUGCUUCUAAAGAUUACUUGAAUUUUAUUGUGAAGAUAUAAAAUGUGCUGAAGAAUUCUGACUUUUUCAAAUUUGAUUUGCAGAAAAAUAAAUGCUCAGUUAUUUAAUAA